ACCAUUCCUCUUCUUCUAUAUCUUCAGUCUCUUGCAUAAAACCUCUCCCCACCCCCAACCCCAAAAAAAAUCGAAGGGCCAUUUCCACUUUUUAGCUUUAAUCUAAUUCAACAUUUCCCAAAAAGAAAGAAGAUUAUUCAUUAUUUCUUUGUCCAAAAAUGACAGGGUUUUGGUUUCACCAAUUUGGGCUACGUCGCUUUAACAUCAAGGGUCGUGGGCAUGGCCUAAGAAUUAUGAGGGCUAGAUUGGCAAGGGACCGAAGGGUCAACCGGCGUGUGAUGCAGUCACUGAUUGCCUCCCAAGUUGCGGCUGCCGAGAUCGAGGAACAGAUCCGGAGGAUUAGGGAAGAGGUGGAGCUACGCUUUGUAGCCAAUGUCCUUGAUGACCUGUGGGUUCACGAUUGUCUCUUUGAGGUUGAAAAUGACCCUCUCAUGAGGAACGCUUUGGAAAGGAUCAAUUCCCAGAAUAUGGGUAGGAGGAGCACGCUCCGCAUGAACCGAACUCGAACGUUUACAAGACGGCACAGGCGCCGCCCCGGACCGCAGUGAGUUGUGGAAUAAUGGGAUUAUUAUGGAGGUGGUAGUGGAGCUUAAGGUUUUAUGGGUUCCUUUUUUUUUUCCACCCAUAACCCUACCCCUCGAUGAGUAUUAUUUUAAUAUCUUGUUUUUGUAAUGUGUGUUG